AUGGCCUUUUCUAAUAGCCAUAUUGCUCAGAUUGAGACACAAUUUCCUCUUACUGCUCACCAUAUUUUCAAUAUUAUUAUUGAACAAACUCCUCCCAACACCAAGUUGCAAAUUUCAAAGGCAUUUUGGAUGAAAUAUUGUGACUCCUUAUCGAAUCAUGUAUUUCGUAAGCUUCCAUGUGGAUCAACAGAGGAGGCAGAGUUGACCAAAAGUGGUGAUGAAAAGGAGCAUAAUGUUGUUGAUAUUGAUGAUUCUAAUGAAGAUUCAAACUCUCGGCCCAACAAGAUAAGGAAGAUUAGUUUUUAUGGUAAUUCUGAAGCUGCAAAUAAGACAAAACCAGUAUCUGAAGCAAAUACUGAUCAUGACAAUCAAGGCAAAGGCACUAAUAAUAAUAAUAAUAAGAGCUCUUCAUCUGAAGCAGCCAGCAAAUUCUUCUCAGACAAUUCUUACUUCCAAGUAAAAUUGGGAGCACAUCAAUUGCGUGGAAAUGGAAAAUUGUAUAUUCCAGUGGCUAUUGCAAACUCUUGGUUUGAGAAAAAGACACAAAUUGUCUGUCUUUGGGUUGGUGAGAAAUAUUGGCAUGUGAAUUUAACUGUUAAUAAGGGAUCAUCAUCUUCUGGAUUAGAGCAUAGGUUUUCUAGUGGGUGGCGUGCAUUUGCAAGACACAACUCUCUUCAGCCAAAUGAUGUAUGCAUCUUUGAGCUGAUCCUCAAGAAUAAACUUGAGGUUAAAGUUACCAUAUUUAGACAAAGUGAAAGUAGUAUGACUCAACAAUAA